AUGAGAAUCGAACUCUGUUCAUACAGUGGGUACAAAAUCUACCCAGGCCAUGGCAGGCGCCUGGUCAAGGCUGAUGGCAGGACUUUCAACUUUUUAAGCCACAAAUGUGAGCGCUCCCACAUGAUGAAGCGCAACCCCAGAAACAUCAACUGGACUGUGCUUUACAGAAGGAAGCACAAAAAGGGCCAAACUGAGGAGGUGACUAAAAAGAAGACACGCCGCACUCAGAAGUUCCAGAGGGCCAUUACUGGAGCCACCCUCAAUGAUAUUCUGGCCAAGAGAAACCAGAAACCGGAGGUUCGCAAAGCCCAGCGUGAGCAGGCUAUCAGAGCUUACAAAGAAAAGGUUAAAGUCAAGGAAGCACAGAAAAAGGCAACCAAGCCUGCCCCUGUCAAACAAGCUAAACAGCCCAAGACAGCCAAGCAGCCGAUGGCUAAAGCACCACGUGUUGGAGGAAAGAGAUAA